AUUUAUAAAAAUAACAAAAAUAUUACUUAUUCAUUGGCGAAAAUUAAUUUGUGACUUAAAAGUCCUUGUGAUUAAAGUGUUGGGUUUUUGUGUUUAUAUAUUAAAUACAAAUUAUACAUUUAAUUUAUUGUGCGUUGUUAGCUAACUAAACCAAACUGAACUUAAUGAAAUAUAAAAAUAAUCGUGGCACAAUUUUGCAAAUACAAUUUAGGACAUUUUUGCCAUAGCUUUGUGUUAAGCUUUAACGAAUGCGAGAUAUAAAGGAUACUCCAAGCGAACUCAAAGGAUUUUUGCGAAAGGAUUAAAAAACAUUAUUAAAGUUUUUCUCGAGGUGCAACGCUUUUCCAAUUUACUGGCCAACUCUUUUGCAACUCUCCAGCCAUAAUUUCAACAACUCUGCUCAAUAUGUUUGCCACCAUUUUGAAAUUGUUGACACUCUGCGCCUUGGCACAUUCUAUUAUUGCCCACACCUUGAAGCAACAACAGCAGCAGCAGCAACAACAGCAGCAACAGUAUUUGUCCAUUUCACCUGAACAAAAGUAUCUGAUUGUGCGUGGCGAGACUCCUUCCGAUUCGACCACAUCCGAGGAGCAUUUGCAGUUCAAUGAUGCAGCCACAUUGCUGCUGUCGGCAUUUAAGGCGCAACAGCUUGAGUCUGGCCUGGGACUCGAGGAGUGCAGCGAGCCCAGACAUAAGGCGACCUUCUCUGGCAUUGACUAUUUCAUAUUGCUGGCCAUGCUGGUUGUGUCUCUGGGCAUCGGCGUCUUCUACGGCUUCUUCGAGAAGGGUGGCAGUUCGUCAGAUGACUUUCUGCUCGGCUCGGGCAUGAGUCUGCUGCCUGUGACACUGAGUCUCACCACCAGCUUUGUUACGGCUAUUGAGCUGCUCGGCAAUCCAUCGGAGAUGUAUUUCCAGGGCACACAGUUUGUGCUGAUUGUGAUACCCAUGGUCCUGGUCAUACCGGUCGCCAUGAAGAUCUUCUAUCCCAUAUACUUCAAAAUGGAGCUGACCAGCUGCUAUGAGUAUCUGGGCAUACGCUUCGGCAAGGAGAUACGCAUCCUUGGCGCCAUGCUUUAUGUCAUACAGAUGUGCUUUUAUACUUCUGUUGCUGUCCUGGCGCCAGCCAUUGCUCUGUCCAAGGCUACGGGCCUGGAUACCAAAAUUGCCGUCUUCCUUAUUUAUAUCGUCUGCGUCUUUUACUCCUCGAUGGGUGGCAUUAAAGCUUGUGUUAUUGCCGAUUCGUUUCAGGCUGUUGUCCUGGCUGUCUCCCUGGUGCUCAUUGUUGGUCUGGGGUGCUUCUAUAGCGGCAAUCCUGUGCAGGUCUUUCGGAUCGCAGCUGAACGCGAUCGCCUCGAGUUCUUCAACUUUGAUGCCAAUCCAACCACUCGGCAUACGGUUUGGUCUGUGGUUGUUGGCGGCUUCUUUUACUGGACAUCGCUUUUCUGCACCAAUCAGGCUUCGGUGCAGAAGUGCAUGUCCCUCAAAUCCUUGAGGCUGGCCAAGAUUGCGCUGGGCUUUGCCAUCAUCGGAUUGAUAUUUGUGUUUCUGCUCAACUUUUAUACGGGCCUUAUGGUGUUCAAUCAUUAUGCGGAUUGUGAUCCUUUGAGUGUGGGCCGCAUCACAGCCUCGGAUCAGCUGUUGCCCUACUAUGUGAUUAAUACCUAUGAGCAUAUUUAUACUAUUGCCGGCAUCUUUGUUGCAGGCAUUUUUGCGGCUAGCUUGGGCACGGUUGCCUCUGCCUUGAAUUCGCUGUCCGCUGUUACCUGCGAGGAUUUGCUUAUCAAUGGCAUGAACAUUAAGAUUUCGCCGGAGAAGGGUGCCACCUAUGCUAAAUGGAUGUCCUUAGGUUUUGGUGUGGCCUCUUUCGGCCUGGUCUUCAUUGUGGAGCAUCUGGGCGGUGUGCUGCAGGUAACUUUAACGCUCAAUGGCCUCAUUGGAGGCGUUACCUUGGGUCUAUUUGUGCUGGGUAUUGCCUGCAAGCAGGCAAAUACCAAGGGUGCCUUCUAUGGUGGAUUGUUAUCGCUGAGUCUCGUCAUAUUUGUGGGAGUGGUCGGGCAAAUUGGCAAUGUGGAAACUCCGCCGUUGCCCACAUCAGUGGAGCGCUGUGAUUGCCAUCUGAAUGUGACGGGCAUUAUCGAUGAGUUGCUCACCGAAAGUUUGAGGCCCGUGGAACACGAAGGAUUUACAUCUUUGGCAAUUUUCCGGCUGAGUUACAUGUGGUUCAGCAUGAUUGGCUGUUUGUUAACCGUUUUUCUUGGCUGGCUAAUAUCGAUCAUCAUUGAUGCACUGCAGCGGCGCAGAAUGCUCAAGAUUACGGCCAAGGGCAUUGAUAAUCCGGCCAUUUCUGCCGAUGUGCUGAAAUACGACAGUCCCGUGCAGUUUAUCACAGUGAUGCCUGUUGAGACGACCAGUGAUGAGGGACACGUAAAUCUGGCCAUACGCAUAGACGAUGAAUACAAUACAAAAUAGAUUUCGCAUACGAAAUCUGGUGCAAAUAUAUUCCUGGUGUAACUGCAACCACCAUUGUACAAAGUUGUCCUAGUUUGUAGUUGAAUUCGAGUCGCAAUCUUAACUGUCUAAGCUUAGUCGAAUGAGUGAUUUUUAGUUUGUAAGCCCGAAAGCGGGUCCACAUCUAACUGGCUACCCGUAGACAGUAUUCUACUAAUUAAUUAAUUAUAUAAUUAAUAUCUGACCUAUGUGAA